CAAUUUAGAACUGAUAGAGCUAUCCAGUAUAAAUAAAGUUAGUUUAGUUUAGGUUUCCUCGUGUAGUAAGACUGGGUCAUUAAUUAAGAGAUGAUCCUUACUGGACCUCUAGGGAGAACAGUUAGAACUGAUAGAGCUAUCCAGUAUAGAUAAAGUUAGUUUAGUUUAGGUUUCCUCCUGUAGUAACACUGGAUCAAUAAGAGAUGAUCCUUACUGGACCUCUACGAAGAACAGUUUAGAACUGAUAGAGCUAUCCAGUAUAAAUAAAGUUAGUUUAGUUUAGGUUUCCUCCUGUAGUAACACUGGAUCACUAAGAGAUGAUCCUUACUGGACCUCUACGAAGAACAGUUUCGAACUGAUACUGAACCCAGUAUAAAUAAAGUUAGUUUAGUUCAUUUCAACAUCCUCUUACGUUACUAAGGUCAAUAGCUGAAAAUCGUGGAAUGGUCCAAGAAAAUUGAAAAUGCAUGUUUAUAUAGAAAAGGUUCAAGUAAAUCACUGAAAAGAACGCCACGUGAAGACGUCGAAAUAUUUUCUAUAUUACAGCUACAUUAUUACGUGCAAUGAUGCAAUAUAUGCUAAUUAAUCUAAUAUUCACGAAAAGUUUCAAUCUAGUUUCAAAUAUUUUCAAUCUAGUUUCAAAUUUCAUAAACGACCAAUGACGAACCGCCGGGAAACGAAAUUUAAUCCAAAUUUACAAACGUCUGUUGAACAAAUAAUUGAAUUGAAUACAGUGACACAAUAACAACUGCAUAAUAGCAACAUAUUAAAUACUUCAAAAACCGUUUGCUGUCAAUGAGCCUUUGGCCACAUAUGGUCCGCGAAUCCGUUGUCUAGGAUCAUAUAUAUAUGUAAAUUAAUUCCAACCGCCUCUCAUCGCAAACAUCCACAACGACAUCUCGACACAAAGGACGUGAGCAAACGAGCGACAUUAUUCAUGCGUAGCGAAGGCUUAAUGAGCGAUGUUUUAAGGACAGUUUGGUUGGGUUACGGAGAAGAAUAAGUGGAGAUGCCAUAUAGUUAUGUUCCUAGCUACUGUAGAUUCUGGUUUGGAAACGAACAAAGGUAUUAAGACUUGAGUAUUAUUUGUAUAUUUGGGUGCUUGAAUUGAUACUCUUUAGUCCGGCAUGAAAAUUCACACAUUCUAGGUUUGAAAUAUUCGUUAUACUUCAGCACAGAACACAAUACGGAAACCAGUUUCGUAUAUCCUGUACUUUAAACGUGGUUUAGGCUCCUGGUCUCGCCCAACUUUGAUCUCAAAUUCGAAACGAUUGAUUUAAUCACAUAAAUAUAUAUUACCAACAAAAAUGGGCAAACACUUCAGCCUCAAAUCAUCGCUAAAUUCGAACACAAAACACAAUAUACAGCUCAGUUUAAUGAAACACCAACUGUAAACAUUCUAAACUAUCGGGUUAGCUUUGCUAGCCUUCCUGUGACCUCAAAUCUAAACACUACGGCUUGCUUUUAAUGACAUAAUAUCGUUGCCAUAUUGAUUUAAAUUGGAUAACGAAAGCCUCGCACAGUGGUUGGCAAUAUGUUGCCAACACCCGCAUGUAUAUCCCAUAAUUUCUCCUUAACAUAAAUUCGUAAGACAAAAUAUACUUCAAUGCAGUUACUGCUAACUGCAAAGCGGUUAUAGUAACAAAAUAUAACCGUCUCUAACUAAACUGUAUGACACAAUCUACUUCAAGUACGACCUAUCAAUCAUUAUAUUUACACCGAACAGCUCGUGAGCUCUUUAUAUUGUACAAUCCUAGAAUUUUAUACUCAGAUUAAUCCAUUAUGGCAAUCCCUAUUAUAAGUUAGACUUAAGUUAGACUUAUAAUCCUUGUAUAUCUCAACUGUUUCUGUCCAAUCCCAUGCAUAAUUUGUUAUGUGGUGCUGUUGCUAUUAUAAUACAUCUAUCUAGUAUUUAUUCCGCAUUUUUUGUUUGUAACUGGACACUCAUAACCUCAUUAGACAUUACGCUUCAAGGCUUGCAGUAGUAGGGUCCCAACAAACGUUUCUACAAAUUUCUCGCUAAAAAAUCCAGACAUGUUGUAGUUGUGUCAAACUAAAUUCGCUGUCGCCUUAUAAUAAUUAAAAAACUUAAUUUAUUUUCAAUUUUAUUCGCUUUCAUUUCCCAAAAUCCCCGCAACUUAUGGAGUUCCACAGGGUUUCAAAUAGGGCCCAGUUUGCUAUUUUACAGCAUCUCUUUGCAAGAAAACAUACAUAGGAUGUAUGGAUUUGUCAAAACAGCUGCUUUUUGUCAUUCUUUGUUUUAACAGAAGCAUAAAAUUUAUGUAAAUCCAAUAUGUAACGACAGAAAUCGCUUGAAAACUUAGUCCAAUAGCAAAAAGGGCUAAUAUAAUGUUAUGACAGUGUUGUGCUUUGCGGAUGAUUAUUUAUAACUUCGGCCAGGAAAUCAAAGAGCAGGAAAAGAAUAGUUAUAUACUAAGAAACACUCUUUGUUGUUUUUAUUUCUUGUUUAAUUUGUUAGUUAUUUUGUGAACGUAGGCAGGUAUAGAAACUUGAAAUAACUUCCUAUUCACCGUAGGAACAAAAUUCACUACAAACAGAAAGUAGGUCUUCUAUGAUUUAAAUAUGACACGUGCUGCAACGCCAAAGACAACUGAACAUCAUCAAAAACAAAAUCUUUAAAAUUAAACUGUGUUUUAAUUUGCAUAGUAAAUGACAAUAUAAAUUGCAUAAGCGCUUACAUGAAUUACAGUAAUCCUUAAAAAACCUGGUUCUGUCGGAGAUUUUUCUCCUGCCAAAUAUCGAAUGAAUGACAUGCAAAAAACUUAGAAUUGUUUACUUCUGAAAAAUGACUCAAUACUUUUGUGUGCGAGUGCACUAUUAGGAGGGAGCUUAAGUAUGUAGGACGGCAACACGACGACGACGGCAACCAAUACAAUGAGUCGAUGAAAAGAAAUAAAUAAUUAAAGUCCCAGGGGAGUUUCAGACGUGGUCGUCGUUCUGUUUACAACGGCAAAUCACAGAUUUUCACGUCUUUUAUACAACGCCUGCAUUUCAAGCCGUAACAAGUGCAACUUAAAAUUCGGUCAAUAGAACUCUUCCCAAACAUAAAGCCAACGUUUUCAGUUUCUUAUGCUGUAUUAAAUUCAUACGAAUUAUAAUAUACGACAAGUUUUCUUUACUAUCAUUUAUAUGAAGGAAUUUGUUUUGGCCGUCGUCGUCGUCCUACAUGCUUAAGCUCGCUAUUUGCAUCCAUGGACGCCGGAACGAUGCGAAGGUAAGGGGGGCAGAUUUUCGUGAAAGGGCACUUUUGAAUUGAUAUAUACUAAGAGACGUUUGCAAAACAUCGGGAGUUGAACUUCGCCUAAUCAUGUUUUCUAUUUAUUGGAUGAUGGAGGUGUGAGGGGGUUCUCCGCCAGGCGAUUAUGCUAUUCUUGAAGCUCGAUGACUGCAUUUCUUGCGUUUUCUGAAGCAAAUUCGUAAAAGAAUUGCACUAACAUUUCUGACAAUUCGCUAUUUCGCCAAGGAAAUCCUUUAAAUUGAAAAGGCAACUUUGCCCCCCUUGCCCCUCGUGGUAAAGGGCAACGGGGGCGGCUGCCCCUCCUCCCCCCAGUUCCGGCGUCCCUGUUUGCAUCCGUCAGAAACACAAAAUCGCCGACAAAAAUGCUAAGUGUGAACCAGGCUUAAAAAACUCUUUAAUGAUUUUGCAUAAUAUAUUUGUAUAAUAUUUUUAAUACGGCCUUAUAUUAAAGCCGCAUUACUGGCGUUAUCAAAGAGCCUCAUUAUCAUUUGAUUAACAUUUGACGGUCGGCUCUGUCUUUUAAUUAAGUUAUUCUAAGCUAGGACGCGAAGAAAUGCAAUAAUAUCUGCUUGACUAAGCCGAGUGGAGUUUUGUUUGCAUAUUACCUCCGCAAUCAUAACUCAAUCAAUCAGUAGGAUGCAGACUCCCAGCCGCGCUAUAGUUAGGAAGACAAAGUUUCGUUCAAAAACUCUUUCGCUCGAAACGCCGAGAUGUUUCGGGUUUUUUCAGGUAUACCACCUAUACUGAAUUGCCACGUUUGAGAUAUCUUUUUCAGGUAGGUUCACACACAGACCACGGCAGCUUAUUGUACAAUAUACUAUUUACACUAUAAUAGACAAUCACGUUUGAUAGAUCUUUUUCAGGUGGUUCAGACACAAACCACGGCAGAUUAUUGUAGAAUACUACCUACACUGGACCACCACGUUUGAGAUAUCUUUUCAGGUAGUUCAGACACAAACGACGGCAGCUUAUUGUAUAAUACUAUAUAUCUACACUGAAUCACCACGUUUGAGAUAUCUUUUUCAGGUAUAGUUCAGAUACAAACCACGGCAGCUUAUUGUAGAAUACUACCUACACUGGACCACCACGUUUGAGAUAUCUUUUCAGGUAGUUCAGACACAAACCACGGCAGCUUAUUGUAGAAAACUACCUACACUGGACAAUCACGUUUGACGGUAGCUUAUCGCAGAAUACUAUCUACACUCAAGUGCUCAACCCACACGUUUGAGAUAUUAUCUGUAUAAACUAUACUAUUAUCUUCUUUCCGGAGGAAAUUGGAGCACGCUGAGAAAACCCACGAUGUGAUUGUCUCAUGCUAAUUAUAUAUUUCACACACCAGACAGUAAGACCAAGAUUUAGACUUGGGAACGUGAUGCGUAUAAGUAUAGUUUUUCGCUUGGAAUUUCCACUUGCACGAAAAGGUUUAAACAUUGUGUUUGUCGAAAGAAUCGCUUAAAAUUUAGCAUAAUUAAUAAUCCCAGAUCAGUAUCUUUACACAGCUGCCUUGUGCAAAGAAACAUCACCAAUUUUCAGAUUAAGUUUCUCGUAUUGCGACAGACAUAUCCGCAAGUAGGAAUAGGAUGUGUAAACAUGUCACUAAAACCCACGCUAAAAUUCAUAUUUUCACUUAAUUUUUUUGUUCAUUGACAUUGUGCUUUUGUGGAGAUUCCGUUUCAAGAGUAUGCAAAGAUUGAGAGCGGGCUUGAAGGAUUCUUGUGCACAGGGCCGGCGCUGAGGGGGGUGUAGGGGUGGGGUGGAACACCCCCAGUCAUCAGGUAGUCGGCAAAAUAUUGAAUCCCAGUCGGCAAAACAUGGAUUUCGAUUGGAAUGGUCAAUUAAAGCUGAAUCGGCCCGAUUAAUCGUUUCAGUUGUUAGACUUGGAUCAAGUCCGUCUCUAGAUUCUAGAGUCCGAAUCGUGAAGCAACCCCCGGACUCUUGAGAGACGGACUUGAUCCAAGUCUAUCGUUGUGUGUAAACGUACCUUUUCAGUCUAACUCGCCUUUUGCGGUAUUGUAAGUUCGAUGAAAGCUUAUUAUUACAUAAAGUAUAGUGCUUUAUAGAGAUUUCGAGCACUGAUAAAACUGAUAAUCUCACAUUAUUUAUGAUAAUCUCACAUGUGAAAAUGAUCGUUUUUCAAUUAUCGCUUUUCUGUAAAAAUUAUCGCUUUUCAAAGAUUGUCCUUUAUAUAAUAAACAGAAAUACAUGGGUGCUUGGAAAUACUAGAUUUAUUUCUCAUGAUGCGAACGAGUGAGAUAUCAUGUUCAACACUCGAAAUAAAUCUGGUAUUUUCGCGCACCCAUGUAUUAUUCUCUAUUUAUUAUUAUUUCAUCUCUGAAAGGCACAUGCAACCAAUAUCCAAGAACUAAAAAUAUUUCCUUGUCAUUUGUAGGCCAUGGAAUACUUGAAGUAGAACAUGUCAUCAUAGUUUUCGCAAGUGCCGUAUGUCUAGUGACUGUCUUGACUCUGUGUGGCUGGUGUCGGAAACUCUUCCAGAAAUCAAGUGGCAACAAGAAUGGGAGUUACGACGACAACGUAGUGGACAGUCUCAAACACGAGACGCCGACAAGCCGUAUCGCGUCCCGACUUUCGUCUCCUCUGAGUCAUUCAUCCUCUGACGACAGCCUUACGCGUAUCACAUCCCCCGGUCAUGGACGAAGAACGAUCCGUUUCCCAAGCCCCCCUGAAGUCGGCGUGGAUGUCUUGCAAAUCCAACCUGAGAAACAUUCCCCGGAUGACGUCAUCAUCCCGCCCGAACCCGCACUGCCAGAUCCCACCCGCAAGGAGUAUUUAGGCCAAAUUAUUUUCUCACUAAAAUACGAUUCGCAAUCUAUGACGUUAGGCCUGAAGAUUAUGAAAGCCACUAAAUUACCGGCAAAAGACUUUAGCGGAACAAGUGACCCGUUUGUAAAGAUAUGUUUGUUACCGGAUAAAAAACACAAAAUGGAAACGAGAGUUAAAAGAAAGAAUUUGAAUCCCGUUUGGAAUGAGUAUUUUAUGUUUGAAGGAUUUCCACACAGUAAACUUAUGCAGAGGACGUUGUGUUUACAAGUGUUGGAUUACGAUAGAUUUUCAAGGAAUGAUCCGAUAGGAGAUGUGAGGUUGCCUUUAGAGAAUUUGAAUUUGGGACCUGAGCCAAUCGUAUUGUCUAAAGAGUUACAGCCUUCGUCUAAAGCUGUGAGUACUGCUAAGUUCUUUUUUAUGAAUGUCUGGAACAACGAGUAGAAUAAGAUAGAGUUAGUUGAAUAUAUAGAUGAGCGGAUCAUAUAUGAAGAUUAGACAUAUGAUGAUAGAAGAUUAUACAUGCUAUAUAAAACAAAGGAUUAUAGAUGAUAGAAUAUAAAUGAUAGAGGAAUGUCUGUAGAUGAUGAAGAAUGAAUAAACUGUAAAUAAUACAUCAUUAGACUCCUUACUAAACAAUGGAUUCCUCUCUUCUUUAGGAAUAUCUUGGAGACUUAUUAUUAUCAAUGUCAUAUCAACCGACAGCAAACAGGAUAAACAUUCUAGUCAUGAAGGCAGCCAGACUUAAAGCUAUGGAUAUAACAGGCAAAACAGGUAAGAUUUUAAACACCUUCUUCUACCAUUAUUAAUAUGGUUUGCGUGUGAAACUUGCAUGCAUGGGACCAAUUUUUCAGACAUUCCUGUAAAGGUAUGGCCUUUGGUGGAACUUCAAAGAGAAAGAUGUAAAAACUAUACAAUGUAAAAUAUUCUUUCUUAGUAUAAAGUUAGUAUAGUACAUUUCCCCCAAACCAAAAGUGGAUAAGAAAGCCUUCAAGUUUACAGGAACUUUGUAUUCCCUAGGUAGGAGAUAAACCUUAAUGAAAGAUGUAAAAACUAAUAUAAAAUAUACUUUCUUAGUAUAAAGUUAGUUUAGUAGAUUUCCACCAAACCAAGUGAAGUGGAUAAGAAAGCCUUCAAGUUUACAGGACUUUUGUACUCCCUAGCUAGGAGAUAAACCAUUAUUGAAAAAUUAAAACCAAAUAUAAAAUAUUCUUCCUUCAGAUCCGUACGUAAAAAUCUACUUCAUGCAAGGAGGGAAACGUAUUGAGAAGAAGAAAACGACGAUCAAGAAACGCAUCCGAGAUCCAGUUUGGAAUGAAUCCUUCAUCUUCAAUGUGACAGUAGAGAAACUGCGAGACACUAGCUUCAAUUUCAUCGUCAUGGAUUACGACAGGAUCACGCAAAAUGAAGCGAUUGGUCAAGUGACUUUGAGUUAUAGAUCGUCAGGCGCGUCACUACAACAUUGGACGGAAAUGAUGAACAAUCCCCGUCGACCUAUUGCAAAAUGGCAUAAGAUACAAGAGGUCUAGGGAAAUAUUCUCGUUCCUCAGGAUAUUUUCAUUCAUUUGCACGGCAUUGGUAAUAUAAAUUAAAUUAGUUAAGGUACUUUUAUCAUUUAUAGACCCGGAGCGAGGGGGAUUCGGCGAAAUAUUU